GUUUCUGAAUUGCGUAUUUGAUACUUCCCUUUUCCUGAGAAGUUCUCCUCUUUGGCGCUCUCCAUCUCUUCGCUUCACUGCCUUUCCCUGUCCCGCUUCCACACUCCGGCGGCCCGUCGAUUGCCGCUCCGCUCCUCUUCUCGUUCUUCGCCUCAAUUCAGAUGUGCAUGUUUACAGCGAAGAUAGAGUUGUAGCUCAACCAGUAGGCUCCUUCCUUAGUAAAAGUCAAGGUCGGCGCCACUCCGUUCCUCGCAGCAUCGUAGUCGUCGGUUCGCCUCCUCCUCUUCUUCUCCGUUCAAUUGGAGCCGACGUUACGUUCGUAUAGCUUGUCAGGCAAUGUCUUGCUCGUCGUCGUCGUCGGAAACUUCCGUUCCCACUCUCAGAACUGUCACCAUACCGUACUCGGAACUCAAGGAGAAGGAUGUGGAUCUGUCGAGUAAGAUAGAGGAAGGUUUUGGACCAAAUGGGCUUGGGAUUCUGUCCAUUACAGAUGUCCCAGGGUUUUCUUUAUUGCGUCGCAGUCUUCUAAAUCUUUCUCCCAGACUAGCCAGCCUUCCAGAAGAAAUGAAGAAGGAACUUGAAGAUCCAAGUACUAGAUACAACUUUGGAUGGAGUCAUGGAAAAGAGAAGCUUGAAUCAGGAAAGCCUGACAUAUUAAAAGGAUCUUAUUAUGCAAAUCCAAUACUAGAUGUGCCUACAACUGAUGAACAUCUGAUACAACGAUAUCCUUCAUAUUGUGGAUCUAAUAUAUGGCCAAAUUAUGCUCUGCCCGAACUGGAAGUUGCUUUCAAAGCACUUGGAAAGCUCAUUCUUGAUGUUGGAUUGAUGGUGGCUUAUCAUUGUGAUCAAUAUGUGUCAAAAGGAAUGAAAGACAAUGAAGAUGGAGGUCUUGUAAAGAUAUUAAGCUCUUCUCGGUGCCACAAAGGCCGGUUACUUUACUAUUUUCCUGCUCAUCAGUAUGAUGGUUCAAAAGAUGUAGACUCCAUGUCCUCAUGGUGUGGAUGGCAUACAGACCAUGGUUCACUAACAGGUCUGACAUGUGCACUGUUUAAGAGAGAUGGUGUAGAAAUACCUUGCCCUGAUAGUGCUGCCGGUCUUUAUAUUAGAACACGAACAGAUCAAAUUGUGAAAGUUAUAUACGGAGAAGAUGAACUAGCGUAUCAAAUUGGAGAAACCACUGAAAUACUCUCGGGAGGCUAUCUCUGUGCAACUCCUCACUGCGUUCGGGCACCUAAAGGAGCAGCAGCUUCUAAUGUCGACCGAUCAACGUUCGCCUUAUUCAUGCAACCCGACUGGGAUCAAAAACUGAAUUUCCCCGAGGAAGCGCGACUCCACAAAGAGCUGAAGCUGGCCAACUCUUGCCUCACAUUCGGAGAAUACACGGAGAAGCUCUUGGGGAAGUACUACCACUCCAGGUCUUAACCGAAAUGAAAAUGAGUAAUGACGGCUGAAGAUUGUCUCUGUUUCUCUUGUUUCUGGUUUCUUUCCCCUUCCUCUUUUGUUAUUCUGUUCAUUUCACAUUUUUACGUUAGUAUCAACUAAACCUCGUUGAGUACUCUCAUCGAUUUUCAUGGUGAAAUAGACUGGAAUUUGGCUAAUGGAGUUCAUUUGAUUCUGGUAG